UUAAAACCUAUGGCAACUUAUUAGUGCCACAAUGUAAACUAUUUUCGUCAUCUACGAAGAGGUUACUUUCUUCUUCGUAGAUGAAACCUGUAUCUCUAUAAUAACCAUACUCAGGCCGUCAUAUCUAUUGGUGAGGUUGAGACCCAAGUGGGAUAGUUUAUAAAAUUUUAUUUUGUUUCAUUUGAAUAUUGAAUGACACGAUGGUCGCAUGUUUUCGGUUUGCUUUUUUCUGAAUCUGCUUAACUUAAUGAAAGCAUUUCAAAUGAUCAAAAUAAACUUUAAAAUAUAAACAACCCCAAAAUAUAUUUAUCGAUCUUAAUUAAGGGUUACAUUAUUGAGUGUUCUGAUGGUCCUUGAAUAAAGACAAAUCAAGGUUGAAACCCUUUAUUUUCAGACCCAGAACCAUUGUCGAUUUUUUGCUUGAGAAAUUAUGGUUGCCAAAGUCGAUACUUGAUGACUCCUUUUAAUAUCAUGUGUGUAUAUAUAUAUAUGUAUGAACAAAGAUGUACGCAUUGUCUGUUUAGAUGUAAGUAUCAUCUACGACGACAUUUGUUUAGACUGUGGCACAAAUACGCUUUCAUACAAAUCAAUAAUCAUUAAAUAUAUUAUAACGUUUUUAAAACGCCAACUCCAGUCUCGAUCAACCGAUGAAACAGACUCUUGGAAGAAGGGCCGGGUAUUAACAACCACAUGAGAAGGCAACAAAAAACAAGGACGGCAGGAGCUCGCAAAAAGGGAACUCAUUCCCUCCACGAACACAAAGGAAAAAAGUGUUGCCUGACUCCGCACAGCGGUGAUCCUGCCUCGGUUCGGCGGCGUUUACACAAGGAAGCCAAAAACGCGACGGGCGAGGGACCCAGUCACACUCUGGCGCUCGUCUGAAUUACAACUGCUGUGUACUAGAUACCCACUGCUAGUGAAGAAAAGGUAGAACGCCUAAAGAUAUAUGCUCGGUUUGAAAUACAGUGCACAGAUGGGAUAGGUCUUGAUGUCUCGACCAAACCAACAUAGCUUUUCCAAAUCACAGGGCACUGAAACUACUUCGGUUACCAGCAGGAACAUCGAUCAAAUUUCUUGAUCUUCCGAAGGAGGUCCACAUUUCCUGCAUGCAAGACGCUCAAGAAACGAGUGUUUCUGUGCAUGGUUGGCUGGUUAGGUAGACGAAGCCUCACAAUCGAGUAGUUUGAGCAGGCAGACUUUUCAGUGAAAUGAUAGUAAGUAUUAACUGCACGUUAGGCUAAGUAUAAUAACCAUAAAAGGAACAUGACCUUUCAUAUAAGCCAAUGAAAUAAUGCUCAGUCAGCAAAAUCGUUUUUUAAUUUUGCCCAUCAAGUGACCUAUAUAUUGAAGAUUUUGCAAGUCAUAUGAAUAUAAUUAGCAGUUUUAUUAUAUAUAUCCAAGUCUGACAGAAAUAUAGAGUUCUCCUACAAACAUUUCCUCUCACUCGUCUUGCAUGUAAACCCUGGGUGGGAUGGAAGGUCCCUCAAAUCAAGUUUCUCUCCACUACGAUCGCUGUUAUCACAGUGGAAGGACGUACCCGGCGUUUUAUGCAGCACCAGAAACUGUUUCAGAAUCUGACAAGAACAAGAAAACUGAAAAAUAUGGGUCAGCCUUUCUUGGACCGGACUUGUGGGACGAGACAGACGACAAUGCAGACUUCACCUUGGAGUACAUGGAUCUGGUGGACUUCUUGACAGAAAAUGGCAUCCCGAAAGAUCAUCAGAUCGCUGGAAAUCUCAACGAGGCACAUUCCACAAACCCACAGCUAAGCAGGAGUAAUCACAGUCCCAAAGGCAUCGACACAUUUUCAGUUCCAAGUCACAGUCUACAAGCCAUCGAUUCACCUCCCCACACGUUUCCGGGUUCUGACCAACAAGUCACUUCGAUGCCAUCAGACGUGUUUCCCUGUAGCAGCCUGCAAGUAGUUCCAUCGCAAACAGACACGUUACCAAGUAACGGUCAACAACUCCCACCAGACAAUUUUCCCAAACACAUUGCACGUGCCACUCCAUCGCCUCCAACCACGUUUUCCUGUAGCAGCCAAGUACUUUCCUCGCCAACAGACACGUUUCCAAGUAACGGUCCACAACUCUCUCCGUCGCCAACUGACAAGUAUCCCAAUCACUUCACACGUGGCACGCCAUCGUCUCAAGCCGCGUUUCCCUUUUGCAGCCAGCAAGUGCUUUCCUCGCCAACAGACACGUUUCCAAGAAACUGCCCUCACCUCACUCCGUCACCAACUGGCAAGUAUCCCAGUCACAUCACAGAAGUCACUUCGGGGGCACCAGACACGUUUCCAAGUAGCAGCCAACAACUCACUCUGUCGACAACCGACACGUAUCCCAAUCACAUUACACGUGUGUUGUGCCCUUAAACGCACAAUAGUCUU